GUAACAUUUAUACUCGUCCGUGUUACUUUAGCAGAGGUAAACUCGUUACAUUUACACCUCCGUGAUGAUGCUAUAAUAAGUUCUCCGAUUAAAGACAUCGGCAAGAUCCAAAAGACUUCAGACGAUAAAUGUUAACAUUACAUUAGAAUUUGAACAAUUCCAGCACUGUUCAUUUCUAAAAGCACUGGAAACUAAAAUGGUGUCGCGGCGACAGAAGAAAUUAUGGAAGUAUGUGGAAGAAGGAAGCCUCUUAAAGUUGAAGUCCUAUCUGCGGAAACAUUCUGACCUCACGCCAAACUUUUCACAAGGUAAAAGGAUAAGGACCCCUCUCCAUCUAGUAUGCUGUCAUGGUGACGAUGCUAUUCUCAGGCUCUUGUUGCAGUAUGGGGCUGACCCCCUCCAAAAAGACAGACAUGGAAACACUGCCUUGCAUACGGCCGUCAAGAGAGCGCUAAAGCACGGGAAAAGAGCUUAUGAUGACCUGGUUGUUCCCCUGCGCAAAAACUGUCCCGACGCCUUGGAUGUGCCUAAUAAAGCUGGUGUAACGCCUAAGGAUAUGCUUCAGUGGGUGAAAUUUGGCAUGAGAGCACCUGAAGAAAGGCUUUCUCAACCUCAGAAUGCAGAGAGAGAGUGGAGGGAGAAACUCCUAGGAGAAUGCCAGGAUGAGUUCACUGAGACGUUUGGCAAGUAUGACGAUGAUUUCAAGUCAGAUUGUAAAGAGGAAGAGGAUAUUGAGGAGGACUUCAUGAGCUGGGCUGACCGCAUCCGCCAGGAGUACCUGGCCCAGCAGCACGCCCGUGCUCAGAGGGAGGCUGCAGCCCACAGCAGAAGGAGAAGGAGAGAGGGUCCGAGUGAGGAGGAGCAGGCGAAGCACAAGGAGCAGCUGGAGCGCCUGCAGAAAGAGCACAUGGAGUACCUGCAGCGGGCGGCGCGGAAACAGGAGGAGACGCGGCAGGGGAAGAAGCAGCGCUACGAGGAGCGAUGCGCCAGCACCUUCGCCUCCAACAGUGCCGGCGGCUCCUCCCAGAAGCAGCUGAGCUACGCCGACAUCCCCUGGCCGGCCCAGCACGGCUCCGUGAAGGACAUGCUGGAGGUCAUGCUGCACGGUGCCGACCGGGCCGACGUGCCGGCCUUCCGGAAGCUUCUGAAGAGGCAGCAGGCCAUCUGGCACCCGGACAGGUUCACCCAGCGCUGCGGCGAGCGCCUGGAGGAGGCGGACAAGCAGAGGAUCCUGGACACGGUCACUGCCCUCUCCCAGGAGCUCAACAGCCUAGCACAGAGUCUCAGGUGACCCGCCCCGAUGGGGUGAGGAGAGGACACAUGAAGCCUUACACACUUACUCAGGAUCCAUUACUGCAUGUUUGGCUCAGGGCGAAGGAAGCCUAAACAUGCAGAGUUAGAGCUAAAAGGAAUUUGUGAUCCAUCAUUCAAAUGAAUGUGCCAUGUUGUUAUUUGACUGUUUUGAGUGAGGAUGCAAUGCAUCUACAAGCACUGGAGUCAGGAGUCUCAUAUUUAAACAGACAACUUUAUUUUACACUGCAGUGAUAACUAUUUUAUCAACAGAGUUGUUCACAAGAAACUGAAAGACAAAACAUGCAGAGGUUGAGGGAGGCCUUGCGUGUCAAACACUGUCAGUUGACCCAGAGGUGAUGAAAUCCCCUAUUGCCCAAGGAAUAAAACUAACCACAUGUACAUGGUUUAUAUAUAAACUAGGCUCUCAACCAGUUUGGAUUAUCAUUGAAAGCCUAGUGCAACCCCAUGGUUAGUCAGCUUUUUAGUUAAUAUGUUUUAACCAAAGUCUAUCCCAUAAAGCAGUGCUCCAAAUGACCACCUCCUAGACUCUCAUGCUUUCUUUGCAGUAGGUAGUUAUUCAUGACAUUACUUUGUUUCUUGAUUAAGGGUCCAGUUUGUUCUCGCUUGUUGCCUGGCAAUUUUGCAAGAGGUUAUGUUUGUUUCAACACAUAUCUAUCAAAGCAUUACCUUUCACAUUAUAGCUUGGAAAUAAACCAUGAAUGACACAAGGACAACACUCGUUGUGUGGAAUACAAAUUCCAAAUAACCUUGUAAUGUUUAGUAGGAAAUUAUGUUUUAAAUAAUGAUGUACUCAUUCUGUUUAGACAGCUGUUUUGUAAGGACAAUUUAAGUGUUUAUUCAUGCUUGCGGUUCCAGUUGCAAGUAUCGCACACCAUGUUCAAUAGGGUUACCAAGAUAGUUGUUCUGGACACUUUCACUUUCAGAUUGAUAUCACCAUAUAACACCAUACUCACCGUAUGGUUACUAGGUUCUUGUGUUACUAGUUCUUCCUACUAAAAUAAUUACCAACAUGUUAUGACCAGGAGAUAUAAACGGCCCAUAUAAAGUAGCCAUAUUGUAAACAUACAGUGAACAAUGUUUAUGCCUGCGGAUACUGAGCAUAACUAAUUCAACUCUGUCAAUACAGUUGACAUAUUUACAUCUACUGCGCAGUACAUGACACCAUCAACAGUCUCGA